AUGAAACCAACAAGUAGACUUGUUUAUGAAGAAACAACUACGAGAGUUCGUGUUAAUAAAAUUCUUUAUUCUAAAUUAAAUAUUCUUAGAAAACAAUUAGGUAAUUUAACUCUUAAUCAAUUAAUUGAACUUCUUUAUCAUGAUUUUAAUGAAAAUAUUUUACAUCAUCAUGUCUGUACUCAUCUUCAACAUUUGUGUUGUAAUGAAGAUCAUAAAUGUAGUCCACAAUGUACUUGUUAUAAAACUGGAAGAUGUAUUACUUCUUGUCCUUGUUAUUUUACUUGUUAUUAUUUCACUGAAAGUAUUACACGUCUUUAUCCAUGUCAAUGCUCUAAAGUUCAUUGUUGUUGUAAUCAUAUUUCAUGUAUUCCUGGAUUAUGUGGAUGUCAUGACGGUUGUUGGUGUUGGAAACAUAUCAAUCAAUUAGAAAAUGAAGGUUGUAAAACUAUUAAAUACUCUGAAGAAGUAAAAAAUAAAUUAACAACUAUUUAUCAAAAUGAUACUUCUCAACUUUUUAUUAAUAAAUUAUAA